GUCUCUCUUCCAAGUUCAGAACCCUCUCUCUCCAGCUUUCCUCUUCGAAAGAAUGUCUCGAAUUUGUGUGAAGAAUCUGCCGAAGUAUGUUGCUGAGGAUCGGCUCCGAGAGUUUUUCUCACAGAAAGGAGAAAUUACAGAUGCCAAGCUCAUGCGCACCAAAGAAGGUAAAAGCAGACAAUUUGCUUUUAUUGGGUUUCGGACGGAGCACGAAGCUGAGGAAGCUAUCAAAUACUUUAACAAGUCUUAUCUUGAUACUUUUAGGAUCACAUGUGAGAUUGCUCGCAAAGUUGGAGAUCCAAGUGCUCCUCGUCCAUGGAGUCGAUAUUCCUCAAAGAAACAAGAGAAGGUGAUUGAACGUGGAAACAAAACUCCUAGUGCUAAAAGUUCCAGCCUUAUUGGUGCUAACAGAGAGACUAUGAGUGUUAACAACAGCAAGAAUGAUGAUCCUCAGCUUCAAGAAUUUCUUGAAGUUAUGCAGCCAAGGGUCAACUCAAAAAUGUGGGCAAAUGACAUGACAAUUGCACCUUCAGCAAACCAAAAUGACAAAGUUAUUGAGAAGGAAACAAUGACAAAGAAGGAAGGCAAAAAGAAGUCUAUUUCUGUUGAUGUUGAGCAAACUAAAACCAACAUACCAACAGAAAAUAAUGCAACUGAAAAAUCAAAGAAUCUUGCACAUGAUGAUGUCAUUUCAGACAUGGAGUAUUUCAAAAGCAGAGUGCAGAAAGAUUGGUCUGACUCAGAAAGUGAGGAUGAUGCUAGUAAUAGUGAUGCAGAAAUUGAUGAUACAAAUGAGGAUGUUGGUGGAAAAAGUGAUGAUGGCAGUGAUUUUCCUGAGGAAGGCCUUGAUAAAGAUUUUAAAGGAACUCAAGAUAGCCUCUCAAAGAAUGUAGCUGAAGAAGGUCCUUCAGAAGAUGCUGAUGGCAAAAUUCUUGACCCGGAGAACCCAUCAUCAACUUUGAAAGAUGAUAAAGAUGAAGUACUUGAAACUGGUCGUCUUUUUGUCCGCAAUCUGCCAUAUACAGCAACUGAAGAUGAGCUGGAGGAGCUCUUCAGCAAAUUUGGCACUGUCUCACUGGUCCAUGUAGUUGUUAAUAAAGAUACAAAACGAUCCAAGGGAAUUGCAUACAUCCUUUACUCACUUCAAGAGUCUGCGGCAAGGGCAUUAGAAGAAUUAGACAAUUCAAUUUUUCAGGGCAGACUAUUGCAUGUCAUGCCAGCAAAAGCAAAAGACACAUCCAACAAACAAGUGGCUGCUGUUUCCACAACCCAAAGUUCAAAAACUUUCAAGCAGAAAAGGGAGGAAGAAAGGAAGGCAGCUGAAGCUAGUGGAGACACAAGAGCUUGGAAUAGUCUAUUCAUGCGUCCUGAUACGGUUGUUGAAAACAUUGCUAGGAAAUAUGGUGUUAGUAAAAGUGAUUUACUUGACCGAGAAGCUGAUGAUCUUGCUGUACGUAUUGCAUUGGGGGAAACUCAAGUGAUUGCAGAUACAAAGAAAGCCCUUGCAAAUGCCGGGGUUAAUGUUACUUCUUUGGAGGAAUUUGCUGCUGGAAAAACAGAUGUAAUGAAAAGAAGCAACCAUGUCCUCCUAGUGAAGAACUUGCCUUAUGGCUCAUCUGAAAAUGAACUGGCUAAUAUGUUUGGGAAAUUUGGGAGUUUAGACAAGAUUAUACUUCCUUCCUCAAAAACACUGGCGUUGGUUGUUUUCCUAGAACCAGCUGAAGCUCGUGCAGCAUUUAAAGGUUUAGCGUACAAACGUUACAAGGAUGCUCCAUUAUAUUUGGAGUGGGCUCCUGGUAAUAUUCUUAGUCCAAAGUCUGCUUCCAAAGAUGAUGAAAAGAAUAUUGAAGCUGUUGGAGAACAUGAUGCCAAGAGAGUAAUUCUGGAGCAACGUGUGGAAGGAAUUUCAGAUAUGGAUAUUGAUCCUGAUAGAAUUGAGUCGCGAUCCUUAUUUAUCAAGAACCUGAAUUUCAAGACUUCAGAUGAGAGCCUGAAAAAGCAUUUCAGUGAACAGAUGGAGGGCAAAAUACAAAGUGUUAGGGUAAAGAAGCACUUGAAGAAUGGCAAGCAAGUCUCAAUGGGUUAUGGUUUUAUUGAGUUUGAUUCUGUGGAGACAGCAACAAGAGUUUGUAGUGAUUUACAGGGAACUAUAUUGGAUGGCCAUGCUCUUAUCCUGCAACUUUGUCAUGCCAAGAAAGAUGAACAAGCAGUGAAAAAUGUUGAGAAGGACAAAAGUACAACGAAGUUACUAGUGAGAAAUGUGGCUUUUGAGGCAACAGAAAAAGAUUUGAGACAGCUAUUUAGCCCGUUUGGCCAGAUUAAAAGCGUACGGCUGCCAAUGAAAUUUGGAAACCAUAGAGGCUUUGCAUUUGUCGAGUUUGUUACAAAACAAGAGGCACAAAACGCACUUAAAGCACUUUCAAACACCCAUCUUUAUGGUCGGCAUCUGGUAAUAGAAAGAGCAAAGGAAGGUGAGAGCUUGGAAGAGUUACGAGCACGAACAGCUGCUCAAUUCACAGAUGAACAAAACGGAUUUCAGAAUCCAACAAAGUUAUCUAAGAAGAGAAAGAGCAUGACCAUUUUGGAUGAUGGCAAAAUGAAGUUCGGAAGAAUAGCUGAUUAACUCUUGAAAUCAAACCGUGUGUUGUUCUAAAAAUUUCGUACACUUGAAUUGUUUUGCUGGCUCCUAUUUUUCCUAUUUAGAAGCUAGCAAUAGUUUUGUAGCUGUCUGUUUUAUUUCCAUGAUUGCAGAGUCUAAAGCAGAGACGUGCAAUCCUCUCAUUUUCCCUUUAUGUUUUUGUAAAUUACUGGGUACGGAGCCUAAAUUUGUAUCAUAUUUAAAAUUUUAAUAUGAAGAACAGAAAAAUGUUUAUCAGUUGAAAUUGUAAAAAAAUAAAAAUAUAGAUUUUAA